AUGCGCACAAAACAAGCAUACCCAAGACUUUUGCCUUGGCACGAUUCAUGUUUGUCCCUGUGUCAGGUGGGCGGGUUUCCGUGUUUUAGGCCGCCAUCAGCUGUUAAUCCUGUUGACUCUUCGAUCAUCCGAAGAUCCCUGACAGACCUCGCACGUCUCGAUACGCCUCGAUAUGCCCCGCAGAGCCUCUUCAAUGAGAUGCUGACACUUGGAAUCCCUCCGGAGCAACGGGCCUAUGCCAUGCUCCUUUCAGCGUAUGGCAAUGCGAAGCAGCAGCAGGAUGCCUCUCAGCUGUUUUUGAAGAUGCCUCGGAGAUAUCAGGAAGAUGGCUUGGUACGUGAAGCGAUAUGGCGCUGCUUUGGCAAGGAUGCUGUCCAAGUCUUCCGGGAAGCCGAAGCAAGUCGUCCAGGUGCAGCCCGACCAGGCAAAGCCAGCAAAGCCAACCGAUGA